AUGCAGGAGGCUUUUAGGGUGGUCUCUGCCAAAAAUGACCCGGGGUACGACCACGUGCACGAAACGCACUCCAACCUCUCAAUCCUGUCCCAUGAUCGCCAACGGAUCAAGUCGGUACUCUCACAGUUCAUCGAGAGGGCCUGCCGCACUGGCAUUACGUGCAAGCUAGUAGCCUCCUCGCAAGAAUCCCCGGAACCCGCCACAAUAUACCUCAACACCCGCCUCACUGCCCUACUUAUCAACGACAUUCAAGAAAUACCCAUCAUAACCAUACAAAAGAUUAUCACCGACGACGCCCUAACAGAUUUAGUACGUGCCACACGGACCCGCUACUGUCGUUAA